UCUCUCUCUCUCCGUCUCUCCUCCCACCCGGCGCUGGGAUCAAGCCAGGCGGGGAAUGCGCAAGCUCGGCCCGGCGAGAACGGACGCCCCGAGUCCCUCGGCAUCAUGGCGCUUUGGCGGCCGGCGCUGCUGCUCCUCCUCCUCCUCCUCCUGCUCCGCUACAGAGUCCUGGCGAUAGACCUGAUCUCUAAAAAUAUCAAUCCGGUGGUGGAAGAAUUUCGACAGGCUGAACUGUCCUGCAUUAUCACUGCCACCAAAACAGCAAACCCUCGAAUCGAAUGGAAGAAAAUCGGCAGCCAAGGCACCACCUACGUGUAUUUUGAUGGCAAGGUGCAAGGGGAAUGGGCAAACCGGGCCCAGCUCAGCAGCCGGACGUCCCUGACAAUUUACAACGUCACCCGGGCUGACAAGGGGAUCUACAGGUGUGAGGUCGUAGCACCCGACGAUGCCAAUCUCGUCGCAGAAAUCAACGUUAACCUCACUGUUCACGUGAAGCCGGUGGCCCCCAAAUGUCGGGUGCCCCCUUCCGUCCCCGUGGGGAAACCAGCCACCCUGUACUGCCAAGAAAAGGAAGGAUUUCCAGAGCCUACCUACAGCUGGUACCGUAACGAUGAGACGUUGCCCUUGGAUUCCAAAGCCAGCACUAAGUUCCAGAAUUCUUCCUUUACAGUGAACCCCAAAACUGGCAUGUUGGCCUUCGAAGAAGUCCACAAAGGAGACACCGGUCGCUACAGCUGCAGAGCCAUGAACGUCGUGGGAGAAGCCUGGUGCGAGGGGAUAGAGAUGGAAGUUUACGACCUUAAUAUUGUUGGGAUCGUGAUCGGAGUACUGGUGGUGCUGGCUGUUCUGUCCCUUACAACAGUGGGAAUCUGCUGUGCCUACAGAAACGGUUUCUUUGUCCACAACAAACAAAAUGGAAACAGCUACAAGACUCCAACGAAGCCAGAAGGCGUGAACUAUAUUCACACAGAUGAGGAGGGUGACUUUAGACACAAAUCCUCCUUUGUGAUAUGAAACGGCAGAGACAUUUGGAUUUUGGCCCGGCGGCGAGAGCAAGAGGGCAGGUAUACCUUCCCCUCCCUUCAGGGUGCCAUCGUCGACGUGUGUGUGUACACCGUGUCUCUUUUUACUCCUUUCUAAACCAUUUAUACAGGCACGCGGGCGCAAUGGGCUCGUGGUCGGUUUUUGUUUUAUUUAAAACGAACAAACAAACUCUUUUUUUUUUUUUUUGUUUGUUGCCAAAGUCAAACCCCGGCUUUUUUAACUGCCAAAAUUGCCGUCUUCCACUUCAGAAGCGACUGUUGCCAACCCCACAAGUCUCUCUCCGGGGAAGGCAGGAGGCCGAGGAGAGUAUCUCUUCAAUUUUUGGCGGGAGAAAAAUCGCUUCGAUUAAAAAGCUCCGCGGAAUCACUCCCAAGGUUGCAAGAAGCUGCCUCUUCUACGAUUCCACGAACGUAACAUCGCCAACUUCUGAACUUCUGCACACACACACACCCAUCCCUUUCUCAUCGCUCUCGUCUACUUUAGGCAGGCUUCGAUCUGCCCUUUGGCAGGCCGGGUUCCGCGUGGCGAGCAUCUCUUCGGGUUGCUAAGCAACAACAGACAACAAUAACAACAUCAACAGACAGACAGCGACACCGCAACAAAAAAGCCAACUCUUCUGACUUUUCGAUCUGGUUCCCGGGACCGAAGACUGAAUUUUUUUUUUCUUUCUACUGUUCUUCUUCUUUCGUUUGUAGAAUUCUGCAGUCUAAUUAUUUUUCUCUCUUUUUUGUUGGGAUUGUUUUUUUUUUUGUUUUUUUUUUGGCAAAGAUGUAUUUGGAUUACUUUUUUUUUUUAAAGUCCUUUUUUGUUUUUAAUUUAAAAUGUAAAUAGGUUGGUAGGCCAAACGGUGUUAAUUGUAAUAACGUAGUGAAUUUUACAAGGUUUCCAAUUCACGCUUUCCGGUACUGAUAACAACCGUAUCAGUAUUAACCGAAAGUGCAGCGUGGCAAAACACUUAUUUCUUUUCAUGGGGUAGGUAAUUGAAGAUUUAUUUUCCCCCCUGCAGAAAAAUAUGGGCACGAUCGAAAGACUUGCCCAACUACUGUGUUUCCCCGAAAAUAAGACCCUGUCUUAUAUUUUUUUUGAACCCCGAAAUAAGCGCUUGGCCUUAUUUUCAGGGAAGUCUUAUUAUUUUGGGGUGCGUGGAGCAAGACGGGGCACCUCUUGCCGUCUUACCUGAUUUCCAGCUCUGUCUCCCUAACCAGAGGAAAUAGUGGGGACCGGCUACGCAUACAUUUAAAUAUAUUCAGGGAGGGCUUAUUUUCGGGAGCGGGCUUAUUUUCGGGGAAACACGGUAGUAGUAGAAAGAGCAUAAAGGGAAGGCAUUGAAUGUGUUUUGAAUUAUUUUGUCAAGUGGAAGGGAGUUUGAGAUACGACAAGAUGCCCAAAAGAGAAACCCUCCCCAAAAUCAUUUGAGGGGUGAUCCAAAGUUACUGAGUUCUAAAUCUGGGAUGGGCGCUUUAGGCCUUGGGAAGGGGAAACCGUACAGCGGUUUUCAAAUGAAGUUCCGUAAUUUAGCCAACCAAAAAUGGAGGAGACUCUGACCUUAUGCCUCGUCUCCCUUUUCGAACAUCCCACUGGUGAAAACGCUUGUCUUGUCCAUUGAUGAAAAAGAGGAAUGAGGGAAUAGAGUGUAGUUAAAUCUGCAAUUCUCUCUCUAAUUUUCCUGUUUGGGCAAGCAUUGGAGUUGCCAGCUUAUCUGGCUGAUAAGCAAGCAAGCAACUUCUAGCAAUUCCCACAGCAGCCGUAGCCUUCUCUGAUCUACAGCAGGAGUAUUUAACCUUGGCAACUUUUAAGAUCUGUGGACCUCAACUCCCAGAACUCCCCAGCCAGCCGUCCAUGCAUGCAUGGCUGGCUGGGGAAUUCUGGGAGUUGAAGUCCACAGAUCUUAAAAGUUGCCACGCUUAGAUAUUCCCUGUUCUACAACAAGGUUUCAUAUGAUUUGCUGUGAUGGAAAAAAAUGUCUUUUUCCUUCCCCCAAAACACAGGCUAUUUUUUAGGGAUGACUUUUUCAGCCCCCAGGUUCAUAGUCUUAAUUCUGAACGGAGACAGUAUUAUUUUGUUUAUUACCUACGAAGAUGUAGGACUGGGUUGGUUGACCUUCUGUAUUAAUCUGCCUUAGAAUAUCCAACACACUGGAUCUGUUUGCUUUCUCUCUCUCUCUUUUUUUUAAGGAAGUUGAGAAGUCAUUGGUGCAUUUCGUUUCUAUUCAACAGUUUUAAAUUCCAAGGGUAAAGUGGCACUAAAGUUAAGGGGAGGGGAGCUUUCACAAGGUGCCCCAAUCCAGCAAACCUGGUUUGAUUUUUAACCGUGGCUACCUCGGCAUUCGACCAAAGCAAGGUGUUUUAUCCACUGCCAAAAUGUUUUCUUUCUCCCUGUCAACUUUUAAGGUUGCCUUCUGGAUCAAAAUGGCUUUCCCUUCUGCCUUACUGUGUUCACUAACCUUUUUCCAAGGCUGUCUCUCUGACACCCAAAAGAAAGAAGAAAAUCCUUGAAUAUUUAGUGGAGAACGAAGAAUAUUUAGUGGAGAACGAAGAAUAUUUAGUGGAGAAUGAAGAAUAUUUAGUGGGGAACGAAGAAUAUUUAGUGGAGAACGAAAAAUAUUUAGUGGAGAAUGAAGAAUAUUUAGUGGAGAACGAAGAAUCGAUACCUCUUGUCUCUGGGAUAAGUCUACACCAGAGGUGUCCAAUCUUGGCCAUUUUAAGGCUUGUGGACUUCAACUCCCAGAAUUCCCCAGGCAGCAUGACUGGCUAGGGAAUUCUGGGAGUUGAAGUCCACAAGUCUUAAAGUGGCCAUGUUUGGACAUCCCUGAUCUACGCUGUUACACUCCUAACCUGGAUUAACAGGUAUGGUUGACCACUAGAAGCAAGUUAGAAGUCCAAGAAGACUUAAUCUAACAGUUGGACCAUCCUCUUUGCAAAACUGUAAGUGCUGAAUGCUAGAGAGCAGGUUCAAGGAAUUUCGAUUUUCCGUAGACUUUCAAAAUUUCGUUGACUAAGCAGGAUCAGGGCGUCUAGGCACGGUCUUUUGGGCCAGGAUGAAGUUGAGGUGGUCAACUCAACUUGAGCCGCAGCGUGAUCUUCCCGUUUUGCUCUCAGGUCUUGAGCUCCACUCAAUGCGGAAUAUGAUAAAAGAGUGGCAGAAUAUGUUAGAAGAGUUAUCUAUUGCUAGAGAAUUUAAGAUCCCAGAAGGUCAGCGGUGAGUUAAGAUGCCUGUUGUCACACAUGAUUGUUUGGCAGUGAAGAGGAUGGGGACUGCUCGGCAAAAUUAUUCAUCGCCUAUGGCAGGGGUCAGCAACCUUAAACACUCAAAGAGCCACAAAGGUCCUAACCAGAAGCCCUCGUUCAAUUCUGGAGCCCACCGGAGGUCCGGUUCCUCCAUCAUAGUCUCCUCCUUUUUCCUCUGCUGACUCGAAGUCGGUUCCCCCACCAUUGAGUCCCCUCCUAGCACGGCAUCCUUCUUCCUCUACCUGUCCUAACCGAAAGCCCAAUCAAUAGUGGAGCCGACCAGCAACAGGGAGCUUCAGCAGAGGGAUAAAAAGAGCCACAUGCGGCUCCAGAGCUGCAGGUUGCUGACCCCUGGCCUAUGGGGAAGAUUCUUCCAAGGUUUGAAGUGCCAGUUGUAUAGCUGCAGAGAUUUGUCCAUAGGAACCCAAACAGGUUGGCAAUUUAAGGUGGCAUGAUUUGUGCUACAAACCCUCAAUCUGUGCCAGAGUUGGCAAGGCUCACUAACGUAUUUGUAUUGUAACGUAUUUGUUUAAGGAACAGGGGGUGAUGAAUUUCAGAUUCUUAGGAAGGACUGUUAGUGGCAUGGGAUGAGUCCAUUAAAAAUCUCUUCCACCGAAGUUGGGUCAAUUAAUCCCGGUUAAAUUUGUAACAGACGCCAACGCUUUCAAAAUCGACUUCGUUAUGCUGGUUAGAAACGCUUUCCAGAGAAUUGGGAGUCUUUUGGGUCUCAAAAAUGCACCAGUGGAAUCUCUUUUAACAAACAGGUCUCCCGCAAAAACACAUUGUAAAUACUUAAAAUCGGUUUGUACUAAUGUUAUUGCAUAUAACUUUGCUGAGAAUGUUUUUCAUAUAUAAAGUUGCCAUUCUGGACAA